AUGCUGUCAGAGUGGAAAAAGGGAAGGUUUAAACAACAUGCUUGUGGGAAGCCUCUUCCGGGCCUGACCAAACAGGAUGACUGCUGUGGAAGUGUGGGUGCCUCAUGGGGCCUGAACAAGUGCACAGAGUGUCCAACCAAACCAGCGUAUGCAGUGAUUGCGAACGGGCAAGUGGAAUGCCCCAAGGGUUACAAAAGGAUGAACAUGACUCAUUGUCAAGACAUCAACGAGUGUCUGAUGAAUGGGAUCUGUAAGAACGCUGAGUGUCUGAAUACCAGAGGAAGCUACAGAUGCACCUGUAAACCAGGCUACAUGCUGGACCCUGCUAGGAGCCACUGUGUCUCGGACAAGGCUGUGUCGGACCAGAGGGGGAUGUGUUACCGCUCAGCGUCAGUGGGGACCUGCUCUCUGCCUCUCGCUCAGCACAUUACCAAACAGAUCUGCUGCUGCAGCCGUGUGGGCAAGGCCUGGGGCACGGCCUGCGAGAGGUGCCCUCUGCCAGACACAGACCAUUUCAAGGAGAUCUGUCCCGCUGGCCACGGCUACACAUACUCGCGCUCCGACGUGCAGAUCUCCCUGAGACAGCUGGAGGAAGAGGAGCUGAGGAGGACUGGCGUUUCCUGGGAGGCCCAAAACCCUAGCCACCCCCAACUGCCCCAGCAGCCAGCUCAGCCCCCACAGCAGCUGCCCCACGUCCCACAGACCCCACAGAUCCCACAGUACCCCUACCACCGCCAACCACAUCAACCACAGCAUCCACAACACCCCCACCAACCACAACACCCACAGGAGAUACCCCACCACCCCCAGACCCCACAGUACCCUCAUCAAUCCCACAAACCCCACCAUCCACAGCACCCCCAAGAGCUCCCCCAGACGCCCCAGAUCCCCCAGUACCCUCACACCCCCCAACAACCACAACACCCUCUCCAUCCAGACCCAGACAACCAGCAUCCAGCUGGGGAGACCCCCAGCCAGCCUCAAGAUGUGGAAAUAUUGAACCCGCGUCCUGUUGCGACUGACUCCCCAUUGAAGUACCCAGAUGUGGUAGAGAAAGUGACUCCUGACUCUCCCAUCAACCUGGGGCCUGAAUCUGAGGGCAAGGACACAGCCUCCAUCAAUGUGGCCACUCAGGUCACAGAUAUUGACAAGUGCUCCAUCACUCCAACCAUAUGUGGCCAUGGGCUGUGCGUGCCAGUGCAGACAGGCUACACCUGCUACUGUGACCCCGGCUACAAGCUGAGUGCACUCCAGACCAACUGCAUCGAUGUAAAUGAGUGUGAGGGGGACCCUUGUGGAGGGAAGGGCCGAUGUGUGAACACCUUUGGCUCCUACACCUGCCAAUGCUACAGCGGCUACAGCCAGGUCAUCACCCAGAACAGGAAGUUCUGCCAGGAUAUAAAUGAGUGUGACAUGGCCAACAAGUGCCAGGAUGGUGACUGUGUCAACACGGAGGGAUCUUACACCUGUGAAUGCAAGAGUGGCUACGCCAAGUCCAGGAAAGGGCAGUGUGAAGACGUAGAUGAGUGCCAGGGCCCCAGCUCGUGCCCCAGUGGAAGGUGUGUCAACACCCCAGGCUCCUUCCAGUGCCAGGCCUGUGGCCCCGGGUUCAGGGCUGCCAGCGGGAGAUGUCUGGAUGUCAACGAGUGUUUGGACCAAUCGGUGUGCGCCCAUGGUAGGUGUGUCAACUCCGAGGGCUCCUACAGCUGCAGCUGUUACCAAGGAUACCAGGCCUCUCUGGACAACAGCAGUUGCCAAGAUGUGGAUGAGUGUCUGCUCCCUGGAGCCUGCCUCCAUGGCAGGUGUGUCAAUCUGGAUGGCUCCCACAGGUGCAGCUGUAACCCUGGUUACCAAAGCGCUCCUGACGGCAGGGCCUGUGAAGAUGUUGACGAAUGUGCUACACCUGUGUGCCCCGCGGGAAUUUGCACCAAUUCCGAAGGUUCCUACUCAUGCAAGAACUGCCGACCUGGAUUCCAGCGAUCAGCGGAUGGACAGAGAUGUGAAGAUGUGGAUGAGUGCUCCAAGGCAGACAUGUGUCUGGGAGGGGUGUGUGCCAACACAGAGGGCUCCUUCACCUGCACCCGCUGUAAAGACGGAUACAGGGUGUCCCAGGACAGGCAGAGGUGUGAGGAUAUUGAUGAGUGCCAGUCUGGGUCUGUGUGUGCUAACGGGAUCUGUCUGAACUCUGAGGGCUCCUUCUCCUGCAUCACCUGUCCCUCAGGCUACAGCGUCUCCCUAGACGGAGAGCUGUGUGAAGAUAUUGAUGAGUGUGAGCUGCCCACUACGUGCCCCAGGGGAACAUGCACCAACACUGAGGGUUCCUUCACCUGCACCACCUGUGGGUCAGGCUAUAGAGUGACUGAGGAUGGGCUGGAGUGUGAUGAUGUGGAUGAGUGCUUGGUGGCUAACGUGUGCCCAGGCCAGCUGUGUAGGAACAGUCCUGGAUCCUUCUCCUGCAGCAGCUGUGGGACUGGCUUUACCCUGUCUGAGGACGGCUCCCACUGCCAGGACAUAAAUGAGUGCCUGUCCCCAGGAGUUUGUCCCAUGGGCGUUUGCAGCAACACAGAGGGCUCCUACUCCUGUAUGACCUGUGACCUUGGCUUCACGCUGGCGCCCAAUGGGCUCACCUGUGAAGACAUCAACGAGUGUGAGGACCACGGUCUGUGUCUGGCAGGACAGUGUACCAACAACCCUGGUUCAUACAGCUGCUCCUGUCCCCCGGGCCUGGAGAUGGUGGACGGGACAUCUUGCAGAGAUGUGGAUGAGUGUCAGUCUGGGGGGAUCUGUGGAGAUGGGGACUGUCUAAACACAGAGGGUUCCUACCUCUGCAUCUGCCCUGAUGGAUACACCACAGGCACCACAGAUGGAAUUGGCUGCCAAGAUGUUGAUGAGUGCAGCAAGGAUGGCGUGUGCUCCCAUGGUCAGUGUCUAAACAUGGAUGGCUCCUACAUCUGCCUUUGUGAGACUGGCUUCAAGUACUCUGCAGACACAGCCGACUGUGAGGAUCAGAAUGAGUGUAAGGAGUUUGGUAGCUCAGUGUGUGGCACCUGGCGCUGUGAGAACACCAUUGGCUCAUACCGAUGCUUCAUGGGCUGCCAGCCUGGCCUGUACGGACAGGACAACCCAGACUGUGAUAUUGAUGAGUGUGUGAAUGAGACCAUCUGUGGGGACCAUGGCUUCUGUGAGAACACAGACGGCUCCUACCGUUGUCGUGUGACCAGGGCUCCAGCAACCCCCCUGGUGAUGCCGGGGCCCAUAGCUUGUGUGGUAAAAAUUUACUCCCCCAUCCCCGUCCUGUCCCGUGCAGACGUGAACGAGUGUGAGAUGAGCACGGCGCUGUGUGGAGAGGCCCUGUGUGAGAACGUGGACGGCAGCUUCCUGUGCAUCUGCCCCAGCGACAAUGAGGAAUUUGAUCCCAUCACCAGCCAAUGCCGCCCGCAGGGUGAAGAUGCUCCUCCUAAGCCAGCCUUGCCCACUGAGGAACAGAGGAAGGAGUGUUACUACAACCUGAACGAUGCUAACUUCUGUGACAAUGUGCUGUCUCGCAACACCACCAAGCAGGAGUGCUGCUGUACAGUGGGGGCCGGCUGGGGGGACGACUGUGAGAUCCACCCCUGCCCAGUCCCAGGGAGAGAGGAGUAUGACCAGUUGUGUCCACAUGGAAGUGGUCUUCUGCCCCAAGCUGUUUUCUCCCACAGCCUGGAACAGCAGAGUUUCAAAGAUGUGGACGAGUGUAAGAUGUUUGGGCCAGAUAUCUGUAAGAAUGGCCGUUGCUCUAACAACUUCUCCUCGUACUCCUGCUUCUGCCGUACAGGCUUCUACUACGACAACAUCCGGCUGGAGUGUGUGGAUUAUGACGAGUGCCUGACAGAGAAGGCGUGUGUGGAUGGGGUGUGUGUGAACACUGCCGGCUCUUUCGACUGUUUCUGCAGUCCCCCUCUGGUUCUGGACAGCACCCGCCGUCACUGCGUCAGCGUCAACACCACCGAGGAGACUCAUGAGCCUGAGGAGGACAUCCACCUGAACAUCUGCUGGCAGGGCCUGGUAGAUGAGCGUAUGUGUGCCCAGCCCCUCAUCGGCAGGAGGACCACUUACACAGAGUGCUGCUGUCUCUAUGGAGUGGCCUGGAGCGAACAGUGUGCCUUCUGCCCCAGGAGGGACUCUGAUGACUACGCAGCAGUGUGUAACCUGCCAAGGAGAGGGGGGUCUGACAGUCUACGAGAGAGGCCAGGCUAUGAGUACGGUCCUGGGGUUGAGGGUCCUGAGGGGCCCUAUGUCCCCCCCUACUGGGACAACUAUGGAGGAGGGCCCAUCACUGGGCCUGGGGGUACCUACUACAACCCAGAGGACACCCAGGGCAUCCCCCUGUUCACAGACAACACCAACGACUAUGGCUCCCGAGAGGGAGACAUAGAGCCGCCACUACGUGUCCCUGUCCACCGGCCAAGAGAGUUCCAGCCUCACCCUGUAGACUCAUACAAUGACCGCUUUGAUGGCUUCGAGGGCCUGCGAGCAGAGGAGUGUGGCAUCCUGAACGGCUGUGAGAAUGGCCGGUGUGUGCGCGUGAGGGAAGGUUACACCUGUGACUGCUUUGAUGGAUACGAGCUUGACCUCACCAAAAUGGCCUGCAUCGACAUAAACGAGUGUGAGGAUAUCAGUGACAGCGUGGCGCUGUGUAAGAACGGGGCCUGUACCAACACUGAGGGGUCGUACAAGUGCACCUGCCUGCCUGGCUUCCAGGCCUCUGCCAAGCCCCAUGAAUGCAUCCCAGAGGUCCCAGUGGCUGGCUUUAGAGAGAGAGUGGCAGGGAAAUGAGGGUGUGACUGUUGGAGCUUCUUCUCUCCUCCCUCCACCACCCCACGCCCUUACCCUCACCCCCCCGCCCUCUCACAGGGCCUGGCACUAAACCUCCAUCAAAAAACACUGAAACGUCCACGCUUGUCCCCUAAACACACACACACCAACACACAUACACACAUACUCUUAUUGACUCUUUCCUAAUUUCUCUCUCUCUACCACACACAUACUCAUUCACAUUUCCACAGGGGACCAGGAGCUAUCCAGUGAAUGUAUUCCAUGGGAUUAUCCUAUUUCUUAACAUUUAUAUUUUGCUUAAAGGGAUUUUCUGAGGAGUGACCUUGUAUUCAGUGAUCCCAGGCAGUUUGGUAUGCAUACAUACAUUUUUUCUGCAUUGUUUUUCUCCAUUUGUCUUUUUGGUUGAUUAUUUAUUUCAUGUACAUGACAAGGCUCUGUAAAGUAAGAGGGCAUAGGAUUUAUAUUGUCUUAUUUGUCAGACCAAUAUACUUUACUAACGAUGAGGGGAAACAGUGUGAAUAGUUGUUUAAGUUUGGUAACCUGGAGGAAGCUGAUUGUCGUAAGCAUGCCACAUGUUAUAUUCAUAUUAUAACAUAAUAAUCACAUUGCUAUACAGGGAAAGUUACUUUCAAACCACUUUUUACUAGUAUUUGGGAUGCUUCUGUUGUCAGCAAGGCCUUUAAAAGGACCAACCACCCCUUCCACUGGUCUUCUGUGUUUCUUAUAACAGUGCAAUCCUACAGUCCUCAUCCUCGAGACAAACAGGCUCCUCUGUUGGCAAGGUUGUCUCAAGAGCAAUAACUACGAUCAAACAAGGUCCAGACCAGAUUCAUAUGCUAUCACAAUGUUGCUUUGACCUGCUGCCAGUACAAAUAGAGGGAGAGAGAGAGAAUUGAAUAUGGGCUUGGAGAGGCUAUAAAUGUACAGUACGAGUCAAAAGUUUGGACACCUACUCAUUCCAGGGUUUUUCUUUAUUUUUUACUAUUUUCUACAUUGUA